GUGUUGGCUGCGGAUCUGAAAGCUGACGAAAUUGAAGUCGGCGUCGUCUCCAAAGCGAAUCGCAAUUUUCGUCUGUUAUCAAAUCAAGAGAUUGAAGCGCAGCUAACAGCAAUAGCAGAAGAAGAUUAA